AUGCCGAGUAUUCCCUUAGUCGCUGAGCUUGGCGCGAAGUCUGAGGAGUUUCAGAUGCUUCUUAAUGAUACAAAGAUUCCAACGAGCACAGCGAAGAAAUUAAGAUCUGUUGUUUGCCCUGAGGAGCUUUUUACACAACAAGAUUCUCGCAUAUUUGUUCGUGCACGUCCUAUUAUCGAAUUUGAUAAGCAGAGUCCCAAUAAUAUGAGUAUCGUACAAAAAGUUGAUAAUUACCGAGAUCUCGUGCUAAUGUGUCCAAAAAUUUCUCUUUCCGGUUCAUGUACUAUUGAUCCCUGUGUAGUUAAUCUUGAUGGCGUUUUUGUUGGGGCAGCGGACAAUACCGAGAAAGUUUAUGUAGAAUCAUGUGCUCCUUUAGUUUGUUUUUCUGUCGAGGGUGCGUCCACAUGCAUUAUGUGCUACGGACAGACUGGAAGUGGCAAAACCUAUACCAUAACGGGCAUUUUUAAAUAUAUUUCAGAGGAUCUAAGUCCAUUUUUUGCAACACACGAUAUUCUAUUGACAGUCCUCGAAAUACAGGCAGGUAAAAAUAUAGAUCUUCUCACUGGAAAUGACGUUCAAGUUGCUGAGGAUGUUUCUGGUGAUUUAAAACUGUUGGGGACCGAGGGUUUUGAAUGUUCAAGUGCUGAGAUGCUGCUCGCAGCAUUUGAGGAGGCAGUUUCGUUGCGUUCAACAAAAUCAACAGGUCGAAAUGAGACAUCAUCUCGGACCCAUAUGGUUGCUCGCAUAUCAAUUGUAUCAAAGGAGUCACGGUGGGCCAGGCCUGGAGAUCUUUUUUUAGUUGAUCUUGCAGGAAGUGAAAAUACGGCGGAUAGCGCCACCCACGAUAAAGCUCGGCAAGCUGAGACUAAAUUUAUUAAUACCUCUCUGAUGACAUUAAAAGAUUGCAUUCGUUCUAGGGCGCUUGCUUCAACUAGUUCGCAGCAUCUGCACAUUCCUUAUAGGCGAUCUCCUUUAACACUUUUGCUCAGGGACUGCUUCGAGAUUGCGGUUCGGCGCCCCACCAAAACAGUUAUGAUUGCAUGUGUUUCACCACUUCUUCGCGAUUCUCGACACACAAUUAAUACUCUUCGUUACGCUUCUCUUCUUGCUGUCACUCCUCCUGCCAAAGUGGUGGCUAUUGAUUCCAAUGAUCCAAAUGGAUUUGACCGUCCUCAAACCUUAAAAUUUCUUAUACAAAUAUCGAAAGGGUUGAUAACGAUGCCGGAGGAAAUUUUGCCCGAAGGCGAUGGAAGUACUCUGGUACAUCUACCGGAGGGUGAGUUUCUCCGUCGUGUUGCUGAAACUCAUCCUUCCAUCCCUGGGAAAAAGGCUAAAAUGAUCUACACAGCCAUUUGGAAGAGAAUAGUGGAUGCGCGUACAAAGGGCCGAAAGGUCAUGACAGAAGCCAAACGAAUGUCUCGAGGUCCUCGUUGCGCUAGCUAG